AUGACCUCAUCCAACCAGACGAUACUAGUUACUGGUGCGAACGGCUACAUAGCUGGUCACGUGGUGCUACAGCUACUUGAAAAAGGCUUCAAAGUUCGAGGCACCGUACGAUCUCAGAAAGCCGCCUCGCAAUUGCGGGAUACGUUUCCUGACUACAUCGACAAACAACUUCGUAUCGCUCUCGUCACGGACCUUGCAGAUACAGAUUCUUUCCGCGACGUCUUUGAUAGCAGCAUCACUGGCGUGAUUCAUACAGCAAGCCCCGCGUGCUACCCUGCGGACGAUAUCGUGAAAGAGAUUUUGGAUCCGGCGGUCAAAAGUGCAAUAGGCGUUCUAAGCGCAGUGGAAAGAUUUGCGGAUAAGAAAUCAUUUCGGAGGGUCAUUCAUCUAAGCUCUCUCGCGGCUAUCCUGGACUACUCCAAGGGCAAGCGACCUGGCUACGUGUAUACCGGGGAGGAUUGGAAUCCGAUUACGCGGAAUGACGUGGAGGCAUUGACGAACCAUGUUGACGCGUACGAGGCAUCAAAAGCCUUGUCCGAGCGGGCCGUAUGGGAGUGGAUGCAAGACCAUCGACCGUCUUUCGAAUUGACCUGUCUCUGCCCCUCUUUCGUUCUUGGUCCACACGUUGAAAGGCUGGAUAAAUUAUCUGAAGUCCGAUCUACAGUCAGAUUGCUAUGGAGCCUGUUAAUUGACAUUCCUGAGCUCCCACCCCUCGAAUAUGGUGGUUUCGUGGAUGUGCGCAGCCUUGCCGCUAUGAUGGUUGCAGCACUCGAUGCGCCGAAUGUUGCAGGAAAGAGAUUUCUGGUCGCGGAACAUUUUGACUGGCAGAGUGCAGCAGACGCGGCAAGGGAGGGGAUUCAAAGCCUUAGGGACAGGGUGCCGGUGGGCGAGCCUGGUACAGGCAGAGAGAAAGCUCGACCGAGCAUAUACAACGUCGAUGGAGGCCAAGUUGUGGAGGUGACUGGUAUUGGUUACCUUCCGCUAAAGCAGACGAUUGUAGACACGUUCAUGCAGCUUUUAGAGGUAGAGAAGAGAAGCGAAUAA